CUAACCUAGCAUUCGUACUCGAAUCGCGCUUCUCGACGCUCUUGCGGCUGCGUUCAAAUUAAAAAAACGCGUUUAUUUUGAGUGUUAAGUGCAUUUUGUAUUUCAAUUAAAUAAAAUGACUAUUUACAGCAAAAUCGUUCAAAUUAUUUUAAUAAGUGUCUAAAAUAUUUGGGAACAAUCAAUUUAAUAAAACUUGGAUUUUUUAGAACACAAGCGUUUUUCAGAUGACGGAGGUGGUAGAGGGCGGUGCGGAGCUGGCGUGGCGGCUGCUGGCAACCCUCGAGGGAGGUUCGCUGCUACUGGUCACCUCCGCAAUGCUGGCAUACACGGCUCUCACAAAAGUAGCUGCCCGUAGGCGGAUACCGAUUAAAAAUGUUCUAAUAACAAAUAACACGAACACAUUAGGACAAGAAGUAACAAAGCGGCUGACUGCGCGCGGCUGUGCCGUGACCACAGUGAUGAGCGCAGCGACAAGCGAAGCAAUGUCUGGCAAAGCGGACGCGUUAGUCGUGAUAGGAGCGGAAAUGAAACAAACUGGCUUGGAUGGUCUUACACAAACAGUUACAGAGGAUGUAUACUAUAAUGUAAAGUUAUUAGAGAGCCUGUCACCGCUCGUCCGCACGGGCGGCUACGUGGUAUGGGCUUGCGCGGGUGCAGCGAGCGGGGCCUUUUGCGACGCGACGAGCGCCUACGACGCAGUACUCAAGGCCAGCUUGCAAUAUGUUGCAAGAAGUCGACACUGUGAGCCAAUCUGGACGGAGCGAUGUGAGGACUUUGAAGUGACCGCGGAGCGGAUUGUCGCCUCGCUCUUACCUUGCGCCAGCACACAAUCAAUAACAACAUUCUCUAUCAGAAAUGCGGUUCAGAAACUCAGUGAAUAUGCAGGAAGGUGGCUCAAAAUUAUAUCAUGAGACUGCUCAAUCACAUGUGAUAAUUUACCCGUUUUAAGAUGCUUUUAAAAGUAAUAAAAUAGAUUAAGAUAAUGUGUAAGUUUUAUAUUAUAGUAUU